AUGUCCUACCCCAGUCUUCCGCCAGUGACGCCUCAGAGGCCCCUGCCUGGCGCCUUCUUCCAGACACCUGCCCCUGGCAAUGCGCUGAACCCGCCGCAAUCCAAUUCAGCCCAACAGACGGCGCAACCCCCAAGUGAUGCUGGUCAGCCCGUGCUUCCCAGGCUUCCUCCGUCAAUAAAACCGGCACCUCAGAAUCUGAACACUGAAGAGCGUGCAGCGCGGACCAUCAAUGACACGCUUACACAGGAGGCUCGGUACCCCGACCUGGACAGCUAUUUGUCUCAGGGCUUUUCAUCCGACUAUGACAUUCCCGUGUCGUCAACAUGGGCACCGUUCCAGAAAGUCAGGAUGUACAAUAUCCCCGACCAGAUAUUCGACCAAUACAACCUAGCGCAGGUGUCUACCAGCAUGGGACUUCUGGCGGAGCUGAACCACGCGUGGGUUGCCAUCGAUAACGCAUUGUACCUUUGGGAUUACACGCAUACCAAUCCUCAACUAGUGGGUUUCGAGGACCAACCGAAUAGUAUUAAUGCGGUCAAAUUGGCGAAGCCGCGUCCAGGAGUGUUUCUUCCCAGCAUUACCCAUUUGCUUGUCAUAUCAACAACUGCAGAGGUUCUUCUACUGGGCAUGAAGUGUGAGCCAACGCCCGGAGGUAGCUAUCAAGUGACGCUAUACCAAACAGGAAUGUCUACGUCUGUCCGUGGAUUAGACAUUCACAUUAUUGCCUCGUCGGACGCGACCGGCCGUAUUUUCUUCGCCGGUUCCUCUGAUAACGAUGUUUAUGAGCUUACGUAUCAGCAAGAGGAGAAGUGGUUCCAGGGUCGAUGCUCCAAGAUCAACCAUACGAGCUCGCGCAUCUCACAGUUAGCACCAUCUCUAAGCUUCACGCAGAGGCCGUCAGAGCAAGUCGUGCAAAUGGUGAUGGAUGACUCCAGGCGACUGCUCUAUACACUAUCCUCGGCGUCCACAAUUAGAGUAUUCCAUUUGCGGGCUGACGGGUCCGUUGCUCUGGCCAUAACGAAACCAGCCCUCGAUAUCUACGCCAAUAUUGGCCACAUAAUUGCCUCUAACCAGGCGUUGAACUCGAAAGUGAGGAUUGUUUCAAUUAGCCCAAUUCCGGCGGCAGAAGCGUCAAGAUACCACCUGAUGGCCACUACCGCCACAGGUUAUCGUAUUUACCUGAGUGCUACCGGUUCCUACAGCUGGUCACCUGCACCCAACGGCGCCAAUGCCCCGACAAGCAUGCAGGCUCAUUAUGUGAAGACGCCGCCUUUCGACAGCUCGGCCCCCGCAUACCAAGGACAGUCGCGCUUUCAACCCUCGCUAGCAGCCACCAGGGUUCCAAUUCACACUCUCGAUCCCACCUCAUCUUCCGUGCGUUACCCUCCAGGUUACUUUUUCUGUUUCACCUGCCAGGACAGUACACAAAAGUCAGAUACGCUAUUUAUAUCGGCCCCGGACUCCGGACGUGUUGCUCGGUCCCAAGAGAAUGUCAUCCCGGGGAAAGCGGCCGAAACCGGCAUAUGGCUGUCGUUGGGCAGCAGGAUGGAGGACAUUGGACUUAGCUCACCGACCACACCGGCUUCAGCAACCCCCAGUGGGUUCGGUAACGAGCUUGCUGUGCAAUUCGAGAAUCCUUCUGCAGAAAUUGCUAUCCUAACAAAUACUGGUAUUCAUGUGUUUCGCAGGAGGCGCCUUGUUGAUAUAUUCGCUGCCUUGGUGCGUAACGGGGGCAGUGGAGGCGAAGAGGGACUCGAGGGCGAGAUCAAGAACUUUAUUCGCACUUACGGGCGCAGCGAAACACUUGCGACUGCCCUUGCUGUUGCAUGUGGACAGGGUGUGGAGGUCUCUACAGAUUCUCGGUUGUCAAAGAUCAACGAUCCGGAUGUCCUCGAGUUCGCUCGUAAGGUUUUCAUCGAUUAUGGUGGCCGGCCAACGCUGAACGAAAAUGCUGUUGCUGAUAAUUCAACUCCUGCUAUUGAUACUGUCGUUCCGUCACCCAGACAUGCGGGCAUUGCUCUCUACAUCUCAAGACUAUUACGGUCGGUGUGGAAGAAGGAAGUAGCAGUUGUUGGCGGUGGGCCCGGUGGAGCGCAAACAAUCUCACCUUCCUUCCCACGUGCUAAAUUGUUGGCCAUCCAGCACGAUCUGUCCGCUUUACAAGAGUUCUUCAAGACGAACAAGAGCUUUAUUGAAGGACUAAGUGGCCCAGAGGCUCUUGCGCGCGUGUCGACGAAGCAGGAAGAACUUGAGCUCCAGGCAGAGCAUCGGGCACUUCACUCGCUUGUCCAAUUGGUAUCUCACACCAUAGAGGGCAUCUCGUUUGUGACAGUUUUGUUCGAUGAGAAGGUGGAAGAGAUCGUCGCAUUAUUACCAGAGGAGUCGAAACAAAGAUUCCUGAAGCUAACAUACGAGGAGCUUUUCAGCACCACCAAGGGUCACGAUAUCGCAAAAGAGCUCGUGAAGGGUAUUGUGAACAGAAACAUAGCUAAGGGAGCCAAUGUCGAGACGGUAGCGGAUGCUCUGCGUCGGCGAUGUGGUAGCUUCUGCAGUUCUGAAGAUGUGGUCAUCUUCAAAGCGCAGGAGUUGCUUAAACGGGCUACAGAAGCCGGCUUCAACUCGGAACUGGGCCGCAACCUGUUGAAUGAAAGUUUGCACCUGUUUCAGCAAGUAUCGGAAAAUCUGCCCAUGGAUUAUUUGGUGCCUGCGGUAGAAAGUUACAUUUCCAACCAAUUCUUCGCUGGUGCAAUUCAACUUGCUUUGAAUGUCGCUGGCCGAUCAGACAAAGCGAAUUUGGGGUUGGGAUGGAUGAUGGACGGCCAGCCUUCAUCGUGUUACGACCUCAUAUUCAAGGUUGUUCUUGCAGUCGACAACCUUGCGGCCCAGGACCCUGGCGUCGUUGACGGACAAUUAACAACGAUCGCUAAACGCAAGAACGAGGCCUAUGGAAUCAUCGCAGUCUCCGAAGACCAAGUUUUCCUGACAAGCUUAUACGAUUGGUACCUGGAGCAGGGGUGGAGUGACCGACUACUGCGAUCCGAGUCUCCUUACGUCGUCGAGUACCUCAAGCGGAAGUCAACCGAUGACAUUUCGCACGCGGAUCUCCUUUGGCGGUACUACACCCAAUCCGAGCGCUUUUUUGAGGCCGCGCAGGUUCAAUUAGAGCUCGCCCAAAGUUCCUUUGUCCUCCCUCUCAGUCGGAGAAUAGAGUACCUCGGCCAAGCACGGGCUAACGCGUCGACCUUCACGCAAGACGUGGGACGACAGGCCCGACAACGCUUGCUGCAACAAGUUUCCAACCUCAUCGACGUGGCAAACGUCCAAGAUGACCUUUUGCAGAGGCUUAAGGACGACACACGUCUCGACCCUGAUGCAAAAGCCAGGGCUGUGGAAGAAGUGGAUGGCCCCAUCAUGGAGGUUUCUACUAUGUUCAAUCAAUACGCCGACGUCGCGAGCUACUACGACAUUUGCCUGCAAAUCUUCUACAUAGCCGACUACCGUAACCCCGCCGAUGUCCGCGCCACAUGGCAGCACCUCCUUCAAACCCUGCACGACGAGGCCGUUGCCCGGGGCUCCGCCGGUCCACAGCCCUACGAGGCUGUCAUCGACAAGCUCCGCUCCCUAGGCGCGCGCCUGCGCAUGUCCGACGCCGUCUUCCCAAUUCCCAUCUUACUCCCCAUGCUUGAGCGCUACGCUCUUGAACACCAGCGCAAUGUCGGCCCGCCCACAUGGGUCAUCGACACUUUCUUCGACCUCGGUGUCCCGCACGAAACGAUUUACAGCGUCCUCGAAUCAAUGUACUAUAUCGAUGAGGCGCCGUUCCACGGUAGUAAUCGAAAGAUCAUCGCCAGGGAUUUGCUUUAUACCAUCGAGCAUUGGUUCCAUGAUACCGUUCGCCUUGGCGGUGUUGUCUUCGGCAGUGACCUUAUUGCGGAGCGGAUAGAAGAGAUGUUAACGCUUUUACAACAGAGUGGGAUUAGUGCGGAGCAGAUGGCUGUUGCGCAUGAGCUGCGCGCUAGGAUAAACAACAUUUUGAGGUAGUUAGUCUGCAACUUUGGGGGUUUGGGCGAGAUAGGUCAGGUU